UCCUUUCCAGUUGGUCAUUCAACGGAGAGAAAUUCGAUCGGUUAGAGUAGCAAACCGUGAAGAAAGAAUAUAGCUAUUAUAUAGAGACUAAGGUCAUUCGUUCGAUUCGUAAGAUUAAAGAUUAAUCUUAUAGAUAAAUAGUGAGAAAAAUAGAUAAAAUGAUUAAAACAAAUAACAGUGUAUUAAUCGUGUAUGUGUUUAUGUUAACGAUAAUCAUUGGUAACGUUAAUGGGAUCGGUAAAUAUCGUGGCCUUGAAUUUUUGGAACCUUGCUCUAAAAUCGAUCCUAAUUUGGAAGGUUGCCUUGCCAAAACUGCUAAUGUUCUCGUUGAACAAUUUCGACACGGUUUGCCACAAUUAGGAUAUUCUGAGGUUGAACCAAUCAUUUUGGACGAAUUACACAUAGCUCUUGGAGGUGGUCCCGAUGGAUAUAGAGCACAAUUCGUGGACAUCAAUGCAAAAGGUGUUUCAUCGCUCAAAGUUACAGGUCUCAGAGCAAGAUUGUCUGACGAUGAAGUACAAUUGCAAUUGGUCCUUAAUAUUCCUAGAAUUACGGCUGCUGCAAAAUAUAGGUCAACCGGUACAUUGAUAUUGGUUAAAGCCAGCGGAGCUGGAGAUUAUUGGGGAGAAUAUGAGGGCGUCAAAGCUAAAGUAUUUAUCAGGGCAAAACCCUUCAUGAUACAAAAUCGUCGCUUUUUGAGGUUGCAACAAUUAAAAAUGGAUUUCAGCGUACAAGAUAUUAAAAUGGGCGUUAAAAACGUACACGAUGGCAAUACUAUACUUCAAGCCGCUUUGAACUUGUUCAUUAAUAGUAACGGUCAAGAAUUAUUAAAAGAAAUGAAACCAGAUUUGAGAAGAAAGUUGGUCCAAGUAAUGUCGAAUUUCGUUGAGAAACUUUUCGCUCAAGUACCGUACGACGCUUGGAUUACCGAAUAAGUAGGACAGACGAUAUUUUUAAUCCUAUUUACAUUUUCUUCGAUCAUCGAAUAUAUAUAUAUAUAUAUAUAUAUAUAUAUAUAUAUAUAUACAUACGUUGAUAUAUGUAUGUAAAUUUUUUUAUACAUUCGCAAACGUGUUCGUAAAUGCUAAAUAUGAUAAAUAUGAUUUGAAUCAGAAGAGAGAGAUAGAUCUUAUUGGUUAAUCAAUUAUUAUUAUUAUUAUUAUUAUUAUUAUUAUUAUUGUUAAUAUUAUUAUUUGCUUUAAAAGAUUGUCAGUAUUUUGUUCCUCAAGUAAAUUCGUGAAAACUUAUUUACUAUAAUUAAUUAAACUCAAGUUUUACGACGAAUCGGAUCUUAGUCGUUUAUUCUUUUUCUUUAUUUUAUUUUUUAAUUUAACAAUUUCGUUAUUGAUUGUUGGAUCGUUUAUAGAUAGCUCGAUUAUAUAGUUAGAAAUUAUUAUUAUUAUUAUUAUUAUUAUUAUUAUUAUUAAUAUUAUUAUAUCUCACGUAUUGUAUAUAAUUAUAUACACUUAUUUACAUUGCGAAGAUAAUGAUAAGAAAAAAAAAAGAUUAGUAGGUUUUUUUGUUUUGUUUUUUAGUUACUACAUCAUUUGGUCGAUCGUUUAGGUUAAGAUUUUUUUUUGUACGAUUCUGUAUUUAUUUAAUAAAUGACGUCAACCUUUU